AGAAGAACCUUUUCGGUUGGACACCUUUACUGAAUAAGCGUUUUCCUACCGGAAUAACGUUCCGGCUGCUUCAGCAGAAGAACUUACAUUCAUCAAAGUGACCCGAGCAAUGAGAAGAGCAAAGAAUGUUACGGAAGCUGUGCUGUGUGAUUCUACUCAUCAUCCAGCGGGAUACAGAAAGUACACGUGUGAUUGGAGGACGCAGGACUGUGGUACAGGGGAAGGAUGUGGACUUAUCCUGCAGACUGAUAGAGACAACCGAGGAUCUCGAACAGAUAACAUGGCAGAAAAGUACUGCGGAAGAAACACAGAACCAUAAUUUUAUGCUGAUUUAUCCCAAUGGGGUUACUAAGUUUAUUGCACCGAAUGGAUUGACAGAUAGAGUCCAGUUUAUUGGGAACCCAUCAGAGAACCUUGGAUCUAUUCGAAUAACAGCUGUCAGACUGUUGGAUGAAGGCACCUUCACAUGUAUCUUCAGUGUUUUCCCCAGUGGAGCAUACAUUACAGAGAUACUUCUGACUGUGCUAGUUCCUCCAGUGGUGAGUGUGACAGUUGAUGUUGCUCCUGUCAUUGGGGAGAAUGAGGUUGUCUUGGCAACCUGCGUGGCUGCUGGUGCCAAGCCACAGGCAGAAGUGACAUGGAAGACCGGUGAAUUCGGCAGUUUGUUGAGGACGGUGACCAACUCCACCCAGCACGCCAACGGCACCACCACAGUACUCAGCCUCCUGCUCGGGGUACCAACCAAGGCAGCCAAUCAGCAGCAGGUCCAGUGUGUGGUUAACCAGUCUGCCCUGGUAGCAGAGAAGACCUACAACUACAGCAUAAACAUCCACUAUCCACCUCAGUCAUUGAACGUUACACUUAGUGAGGCCUCUAAAGCCACAGUCUUACUAUGUGUAGCAGACGGCAACCCACACCCCAACUACACCUGGAGCAGAGUGGUCCAGCCAUGGCCUGGGUCUUCAGUGAGAGCAGAGGGAGACAAACUGCACUUCCUCAGUCUCAGCUCUGAGCUGAAUGGUCUCUUUGUCUGUGAGGCCUCCAACCCCUACGGACGAGCAAAUGGCUCCCUCUAUGUACACAUAUACUCUGAGACAUCUGCUGCCUGUUGGGUUCUACUGGUCAUUCUAUGUCUGAUUGUUUCUGCUGCACUUGGAUGGUUCUGGUGGAAAUACGGACAGUUUCCUUGGAGUUCAAUAGUGGCCAAGGCACCAGAACAGACUAUAUCAGUAUCUUCCAAGACGAGGAGACAUGACAAGGUUGAGGAAGGUGAAGAUGACUCAUUGGCUGCAACUGUCCAAACCAGGAAGGAGCCUGAGGAAGAGGAAGAAGUAUCAUGAUGACAUUGGAAACCUCGACUCAAUCACCGCUUCACCCAGUGCUGGUCCUCGUUUCAGAUUUUUGUUCCCCUCUCGUGGACUCCGCCUUGCUGUGGUUGAGGGGCUUUGUUGCUUCAGCGGGAACAUCAACUCUCCUGUAUGUAUGUACAGUAUGUAUGUAUGAAUGUACAGUAUGUAUGUACAGUGCUUUUAGAAAUUAUUCAUACCACUU